ACAGCCUACUGAUUGACUCAGUAUUGGUUCAGUUUGCCAACUGUACAGUGGGCCAAUUCAUUCUUGGAUAUACAUCUUGUGUGAAGUCGUUGAUUUAAAUUUUUUUAAGAAUUCAAGGAUCCGACAUGAGGUUGAUUUUUUUGUUGUUUUUAUUCGUUCAUCUACCAAACUCUUGCUUUGGCGGGAAAAGGAGAUCCAUGGAACGUUUGCGGCAGCCAGAUGCUUCAGAAGAGAAUUCUGGAAAAUUUUUUUGGGAAGUUUUCAAAGUGAAUAGUGAGCCAGCAAAUAUUAAUCAAGAAGUACUCACCAAUGAUGAUUUGACCAAAUGCAGAGACGGCCAACAUGAUUUAUUCAAUACAAAAUUCCCAACUCAAGACGAAAAAAAAACUGUACUGAAGAUUUUGGGAGAAAUAAUAAACGGGAAUGUUGCGUCGCCGGGACAACUAACUCUUUCAGAGUUCAGAAAAUGUCAAUUGAGGACAAAGUAUAACAAUGUCAGACAAGCAGCGAGAAGAAUGUCAGUGGGUACUUCCGUUGGAAAGCCUAGGGGAAGGUACGCCAAAAAGCAUAGAACGAAUCCAUAAUAUUAUUAUCAAGAAUGUAGUAUCAGUCGAUCCUUGUACGUGCGAUUUUUUCUGUCCUUAUCAAAUCUACCGGAUUAAACGAUUUUUGGCAAACACUUGAACACAUCAUCUGUUCGCCAAGUUAUUCUUUUAUUGAUUUGAUUAUACAAAAUUAUCAUUUAAAAAAUAAUCUGGUGGAUCAACAGGAACAGCCCAAAACUGAUCCCCCCCGAAUUUUGAAUCAUUGAAAUAGUCCAGAAAAAAGAUUAAGUUUUCUCUACUUUGAAAAAUUUUGUCUAAUUUUAUGCUCGAUAUGAUGGAAUCUAUAAGGAAGGCAAAAAAUCGUACAUCCGAAAACCGAUGUGUGUGUAACUAGACUUAGAGUAGGACCAGACGUUCAGUAAAUUAUCACAGAAUGACAAAUCAUAAUGAGCUGAAUGAAACCGAAUGGCGAGGGAUUACUAUAGGCUCACAGUGAAUAAAUGGACAAAAAUGUCAAUCACAUUUCAAUUUGACCAUUUCGGCACGACAUUUCACUGCGACAAAAUCUGCGACAGUUUACUGCCCGACUAGCCGCACACUCUUUUUCCCAAAAUCUCUUAUGACUAUUUACAAACUGUUUCAAUUCAAAUUAUUCAUUCUCCCCUCGCUAUUAUUUCAUUUGCUGUAAAUUUUAAUCACCAAUAAUAGCUGAUUUCCUACAUAAUUCAUUUUGCACAUAUUUGAUCAAUUUUGAACUAGGUACCUUUUUCAAAAUAAUAUUCAUCCAAGUAUUAUAAUAUUUUCUUAAAAUGGAAUAGUGCUUUCGAGAGCAACAUUUUUCAUCAAUAAGGCCUACUCCAUACUUACAUUUCAUUCUUAUUUCAUCUGAUUAUAAAUUUGAUGUAGGUUGAAAUAGAGAAAUGAAUUCCUAAUCAUAUGUUCACUAUGUUAAAAAUAACAGCAAUCAAGUAAUAUAGUAUAGAUCAUCUUAUUCUGUUUUCAUUAAUCUAUUUGUCAUGCAACACUUCAAAAAGCCUUGCAGCUUGCAGGCAAUAGCCUAGUCUUUGCUAGUCUUUGGAAUGAAUUGAUUAAUUGUAACCAAUGAAAUGAACGAUACGGUACCGUAAUCUCAAGGAGUUGGAAUUCAAUCGAACUUUUGUGCAACCUUACCUUAAGGUAACCUAAGCCAACCUUUGCAAUGAGGUAAUGAGGUAAUUUGCAAUGAGGAUUGCAAUGCAAUGAGGUAAUUGCAAUACCUUUGUUGAGGUAUUGCAACUGUGUGCAAUGCAACGCUCCUAUAGAAACUUAUCAAUGAAUGAAGCACACAUGUUGAUAAUUUAUUCUAAAGAGUCCAGGAAUCACUCAUGUAAUAAUAAUAAUAAUAAUAAUAAUAAUAAUAAUAAUAAUAAUAAUAAUAAUAAUAAUAAUAAUAAUAAUAAUAAUAAUAAUAAUAAUAAUAAUAAUAAUAAUAAUAAUAAUAUAAUAAUAAUAAUAAUAUAAUAAUAAUAAUAGUAAUUAUUAUUAUUAUUAUUAUUAGGAAAUUAUCCUAUUAUGUAGACAUAGAAUAUUUCCCUUUUCUCAAUCCAAGUUGUAUUUAAUGGAUUUUGUUUCAAGUACGUUUUAUCUAUUAUUUUCAGUGCCGAAUUCUAUAGAAAGAAAUCACAUUAAUUUAUGCACUGCAGCAUGCGUGCCAUGACAUGGUCUAUUGAGUCUACAGUUAUUGUAUAAAAAGUUACAUUACAUAGUAAAGUCUUGUGAGGAUUGUUUAUUUUUAUUCUAGUAUAAUAAUAGUAUUUUUUCAUUGAAAAUGAGCUAUAGCUUGCCUUCAAAGUCUUUUCCCAGAGGUAAGGAUGUUCGAAUUUUAUUGGAAUUUUCACACAAAAUAUGGCCGCUCCAUAAUAAUGAUUGUAUAUUGAUUUCUUUCUAUAGAGCUUGUGUAGUGUACCGGUAGUUGUAGUUUCGUAGUGUAGUUGUAGUUUCCUAUAUUCAUAUUUAUUGUAUUAUGAUGUCAUAUGAAGGUUUUGUGGUAGAGAGGAAUUUCAUAACUCUGUCUAAUGAAGAAUUAUUAUAUUUUCAUGAUUGAGUGAUCAUUUAAUAUAGGCCAUAUGCACGGGCGCUGACCUAUCAAAACCUUUGGGUGGGCUCAUUAGUCGUGGGUCUGGGAGGUACCCAACCCCCCCCCGUCACUAAAAAAGUAUAUAAAAAUUAAAGGGAGACCUGGGGUUCUCCCCCGGAAGAUUUUUGAUAUUUUAGUAGGCCUACAAGCAUGUUUAGGACUGAUUACAUAAUCGGAAACUAUUUAGGGGAGGCAGUUGGAUCUAGUAAGAUUAUUUGAAAUUGAUUCUGUGAUAUGUUUAUUUGUGGUUUAGAAUCUACCGUCUUUCUAAUAGUGAGUCCUAUUAGUAAACCAGGGAAGAGAAUCUCAAAACACAAUUUGCUCUUUUGUUAAGUAACAAUAUUAAGCCUUGACUAAAAUGAAAUGAAAACUUACAUUUCAUUGAGCUCCGUCCCCUCCACCACCAAGUCAGCGCCAGUGCUAAUAGGUAGCAUCUCACAUUGUAUGAUUGAUUAUUAUGAAUAUAUUUAUUUCUUUGUUUCAAAUAUAGUGCGCUUCAAGUAA